UAUUUUUCUCAUCUUUCUUUUCAUAGUUUGAAAAAAGUUAACAUAAGGAAGGUAUUCCACAAUUGCAGGCCAGAUCACAACAUGUACCGAAUUUCGGUGGAGGACAUCUUUGAAGCUCUCUUGGUCAUGCUGUCGUGUCCCUACGUGGACUUUUGUAAUUUAUCCUCAUGUUUUAUAAGUAGCAAAAACGACUGCCGAUGAAACAAGGUCAAGAGAAGCUACUUUGGAUCUUCGUGUCUCAGGAGUUGCGAUCAUGCCAAAUGGAACAUUGAAGGAACCCGUGGGAGAAGAAGGCACUUCAUUGUUUUGACAAGCCUGGAUUGUGGGGGGGCUCAAAAGUGUAUUAGUUCUUUACAAUCGCAACAAUUGACCUUAAAACCUGGUUGAAGACAAAGAUCAUUGAUGCCUUUAAGUACUUAUAGUAAAAGAUACAUUUCGUACCUCUUUUAAAUAUUGUAUCGCCACACUCUUCUCAGUUUGUCCCAAUACAGUAAAUCUCCCAUUCCUACAUUGUUCCCGCUCGCCUUAUUUGGCACAAUUUACAUUAAUAAAUUGUUAUUGACAUGAAUAAAGUGCAGUUAUAAAAAUACUUGCUCACUCAGCAAAUGUUUUUUCACCCUGAGAAAAAGCUGAGAUAAAGCAACCAUGGUAAUCAAAAUUCGUCUAGAAACAAGCAUGGUUGAAACGGUUGAUAUAUAGUCGACCCGGAGCCCUUCGAAAAAACUGAUUUGGCAAAUAAAAUCAACUCAAACUUGAGUUGUUUGACUAAAACGAAGAAAAGAAUGGAAAAACGCGAAUGUUAGAGAAUUGCGAACAGAAAAAUGAAAGUGAAUAUGAAACUGAUCAUUUGCCUAAAGUUCCUGCUCCUAAAGAUAAAUAUAUAAAAGCUUCAAUUCAUCUCGGUUCAGUAUCAACCACGCCUCAAUCAGAAGCAUGACAUCAAAGCUCAGACUAACUGUGUUGGUCAUAACAGUCGCUUUGGCCUACACUUUCUGGGGACUCCUCCUUUCUCUACAACCCGCAUUUUACCCUAUUGAAGCGGAAUCCAAAGGUGCCACUCCCUCGCAAUAUGGACUGGUCUUUGGGAUCGUCAGUCUGGCAGCCUUCAUCUUCUCGCCCAUCUUUGCGCAUUUCGGGAGCAAGAUUGGGCCCAAAUUACUCUACAACGUAGGGGGAUUUGUUCAGGGUCUUGCUGCAUUCGCUUUUGGGAGUUUAGAGUUCGUGAAUGGCACUUGGACAUUCAUUGGAUUGUCCUACGUCCUCAGGUUCAUUGAUGGAGUGGCCAAUGCCGCUUGUUCGGCCACUAUUGUCAGUAUCCUCAUGACUCUGAUUCCGGGUCACGAGUCUUCCAUAACAGCCUGGACUGAAAUGUUUUUAGGCUUUGGAUACAUGUUUGGACCUGUUUUGGGAUCGCUGUUAUUUGAGGUGGGUGGGUUUGCCCUUCCGUAUUACGUUGUGGGCGGGAUCGUGCUGGUUCUGGCCUUUGCUCUUCUCCUCAUUGUGCCCAAUGUCAAACCUGGUUCAUUAGCGAAAGGUCAGGAAACAAAGGACGAUACGAAGCCUUCACUCACCAUCAAAAAUGUUGUCACAUCCUUCCGGUUGUCCUUGCCAUUUUUGGACAAUUUCAUCAUUUACUGUGGAAAUGGGAUGGUGGAUUCGAUGCUUCAACCCCAUAUGAGGAAAUCCGCUGCUCAAGCCACACAAUUUCAAGUCAGCAUGGCCUUUCUCCUAAUGGCCGCUUUUUACAUGCUGUCGACACCCGUUGUAGGUUAUGCAUGUGAUCGAAUCAAGUCCCCUAUAUUGUUCUCCAUUGCCGGAAACAUUUUCAUGUUUGUCGCUUUUCUCUUCGUUGGACCAGCCCCGUUCUUCCCGUCCUUGUCGGCUUCAGUCCCAUUGCUCCUGGGCAUAAUGCCCAUCUUUGGUUUGGGCUACGGAUUCGUUUUGGUGUCCACGUUUUCCAGGGCUUACAAGGAGUCUGUCCAGCAAGGCUACCGGGACGAUGUUAACACAUACAUGGUCCUCACUGGCCUUUGGACGGCCUCCUUUCAUCUGGGAAGCUUUGUUGGCCCCACUGUGGCGGGAUUCAUCGUGGAUGCCAUUGGUUUCCCUCAGACUAGUCAGAUUUCAAUGGCAGUGUUUCUCCUAAUGGCCAUUGUUGAUUGUAUUCAGUACUAUUGUCAAGGCCGGAAAUCCAAGAGCCGAUCGCAAUAUGAAAAUUUGACGUGAUGCGUCAUUGAUUGGCAUUUGUAGCUCUUGUGGCGCCUAUUACCACCAAUUCAAACCUCCAAAUGUAUCUUAUUGUCAAAGUGUUAUUACAAGAAAAAGCAAA